GUGAUGUUUUCAGCGUCUUCCGUUUACUUUUCAAAACAAGCAUUUGACCGCAUCGUAGCAAGUUCACGAGCAUAAAUCUAAAAUGCCGCGGCGGCAUUUAUGGAGUAAAUACAGUCUUCUGAUAUUAAUCUAUUUGACAGCUUUGACACGCAGCGCUGAGAUCAGCACAAAUGACGGCCAAGCAUCCGCAGGUGUAGGCCGCGAUCGAUACGCUUUCUUUGCCCUGCGGAGCUGCCAUCAAGUCCUCCGUGACAACAGUGGUGAGAUCUUCUCCCCUGACUAUCUGUGCUCAAACCCCCCCGUGUGGUGCAACUGGACCAUCCAGGUGUCUCCUGGGAAGCGUCUGGAGCUGUAUCUGGAGGACCUGACUCCCUCAGACACCUGUCAGAAUAAGAUCGAUCAGAUCCACCUGGACGAAUCUCCAGCGGGUGCAGGGGGACAGAGGAUUCUGGAGAGGUGCUGGAGAAAAGCCAGAUACAUUUCUGUGUUCAACACGGUUCAGGUGGUGCUGCUCAUCAACGGGAACCGUCCCGUCCCAUACAGGGGCUUCUAUGGACGUUAUAAAGCUUUCGGAUCCCUGGAUGAAGACGUGAUGGAAGCAGCAUUGGGUGGUGUUGAAGAUGAAACGGAUGGAGUUACGAGUCCUCCACCAGGUGUGAGAGACGUCACCGCAGAUAUCCGACCAUCAGGAGUGAACACACAAGCUACAUCCACCGGUCUGACCAACUCUGGAUCCUCAGUGACCAUCGAACUUCCUGUAGGGAAGAGGGAAACCUGGGACAAGAAUCCUGGAGAUUCAACGACUGAUUCAUCUCCUCGUGUUGUAGUGUCUGAUUACAACAUUAACGAUGCGAUUGAUGAUGAUGAUGAUGUUUACGAUGAGAAUUUCCUUGUAACGUCACUAAAAGAAACUGAGACCCAGCAUAACCAACCCGAAAGUGGCCCAGCUCAAACACGCCCCAGAUAUCAAGGGGCUUACUCCCAAACCUCAGACAUGACCCUCAGCGCACACACUCAUGUGCCACACGUCAAAGCCGUCACCCGCUCUCCGUCUGCCAUGCGCAGGAAUGUGGACGCACAAGCGCGCUCCUCUGAUCAAACGGAGCAGGUCCGAGCCAGAACGGCCGAGGAUGAGGAAGGUGUUUCCAUGGAGACGACCGUGACUGACAGCAGCAUCACACUUCCUGUUAUUCAACCCAAAUUACACCGCAAAUCAAAAGAGAAAACUCCCUACCAGCAAACCUUGAAAAAUGUGCCCCACAACAGGCAUUUUCCUGGGGAGCUCUUGUUCGAGGUGAGUGUCGAGGUCAAUCUGGAGCCUGAACCUCAUGAAGAAUCCUCUUCCCUCAGAUCUGCUCUAGAGACCAUGAUACGAGAAACAUUAGGACGUCUCACUCCAAAGAGCCUGGACUUCAAAAGACUGAAAAAGUUGAGUUCUGGCGUUUUGUUCAUCGUGUGGCUGCAGUUUGAGAAGGCGGCUGUAGGGCUGCAGACGGAUGGGGUCCUUCAGUCCAGUCUGCAGGGGCUGCAGGGCAGAACCAUCAGAUCCCAAAGCACCAAAACACAGGGCAUCAUUGCGUCUGUCUCUACUGAAGACAUCAAUGAGUGUGAGACACAAAUGGUGGUGUGUGAUGCUCACGCCGAGUGUGUGAAUCAGUUUGGAUCAUACUCCUGUCACUGUAUCCAUGGUGAAACGGGUGCCAGCGUUUGUAUGGUGUCUACUGAACCUGACUGUAGUUGGACACCACCUCCCACAAUCCUUAGGGGCGUUUAUACCAUCAUCGGCCUGCUCAUGUUGCUCAUUGUGCUGAUGCUGUUGGUGGGGUUUUUUCUGUAUCGUCGUUACUAUAGAGGCUCGUUCCUUCCUCAAUGCCAGAAAACGAGCGCUAGCAGUGUGGUUGGACCCGCUGCCCAUGACAAUGUCAACAAUAACUCCAGAAGUGAUGGUAGCUGUGGUGCGAACCGGUUCAUAUUCCCCCCUCCACCUCCACCCAUGAGGAUGCACAAAGAUGGCCACCGCUCUCUGGAUCUGCCGUUAUUACACUUCAGCUCUCUGGUGCCUCCUGAUAGAUUUAGAAGUAAAAUACGUGCAGAGAAACCCCCGUUUUGACUCUUUCACAGGCUUACUUUUGUCUACUAUCACUAAAUGCAUUGCACCUCACUCUUAUUUGUACCAGUGAGUUAUUUAUUUCCCUCCUACUUUUUUCUGUUUCUUUUAUGUUCUAUGUAUGAUUUAUGGAGUAUUUUGGAAAAUAAUUGGCUUUGUUAAUUUUUUUUGGUCUACUACUGUAUUUUAGUUCUCAGAAGAUUUCUCACUGUUGAAAAUAGAAUGGAAUAUAACUCAAAA